UAUGGUGCACCGAGCAGGUUGGAUAACUCAAGGGAUAUUUAUAGCAUAGGCUGCAGAGCCAACGCAAGUGGGCGGGAUUAUCUGUCACCACCAGCAUCACCCAACCUCAGCAUGAGGACUAACCAUUCAGCCUUCAGGGAUAGAGAAGGUGCUGUCUAUGUGUCCUGUACAGCAACUUCUCACUACAACAAUACACCAUCUUCUCCACCACCACCUCCAUUGCCCUCAGGCAUAGGUUACCGUGGAAAUGACCUACCAGCAUCUCCCGUCAACAACUCACCGACAGCACUAAGAGACAGGGACUUCAUCGGCACCCGUACCAAUAGUGCAGGAAUAAACCAUGGCAACAGCAGCACAGCAUCAAACAGCCAUUGCCACAACAGCGCAGCAGCUGUUAAAGAAAGGGAGUACCUCUCUAUGAGAAACAGUAUUCUUGGGUCUCCUAGGUUCCAUAGACGCAAUAUGCCAGGUAUGAUGUGGUCCUCUUGCAUGCAGAUAUGCCCACUAACAAUGGCUACAUGGGGAAGAGAGUGUGAUUAGGUUUCUUGAUAUCAGUGGGUGGUUCUGCAUGUUGAACAAAUCUCAGACUACAGUAGCCCAAGACAAAUUUUCAAAACUUGUAUCUCAAAUGUCUGAAGAUGCCUUUUUGUUUAAAUUUAUGCUUAGAUUUUGUCUUUCAGUUCUAUUUAGUUAAAAAAUGUAAUUGUUCUUUUUUUUUGUUUAUGCUCUUUCAUCUUUAUAUCAAAAGAUAAAUUCAGGAUUUUUUAUGGGGGUUUUAUAAUGCAAAAGAGGAAGGGGGAGGGGUGUUUCAAGGGGUGUUUCAAGCGGUGUUCACUUUCAGGUACAUAAUUUUAGGGCUCUAUAAUUGAAGGGAUUUUUUUUAUUACGUCUGUACAGAGUUGUGGAAGGGUUUAAAUACCAAAAAAAACUUGGCUAUGCAAGAAGUAAUAUUCAUUUUCAUUGAUAACUUUAGCUAUCUACAAUAUAUAUACGUCUUAGAACAAGCAUAAUGUGCCCAGUUAAAAUUGUUCACUUAAGGAGACUAUUAAUUAAAAUAAACAGCCAUUAAAUAGCUCCAUGUAUAAUUGUUCCACUUAUUGAAUGCUUGUUCUAGUUUACCAGCCAGAGCCUAUAGAAAUGGACAACCUGACAGGUGGAUAAAUAUAUAAUUUAUUGUUUCCUACUUAAUUCCUUUUAACAUUGCUGCUGUGUUUGUGAGUGAGUGUGUGUAAGUUUUUCAUUCCCCACUCUAACCACUGUGUGUAACUAUUGCAUAGGGCAUGGGAUGGAAAAUCAAGAUGGAGAUAUAAAGUGACAAUUUUUUUUUCUUUCAUUAGUGUGUACACACUUUAGCAUUGGGGAAUUUCUGAUCAUGGGGAAUUUCUGAUCAAUCUAUUAAACAAUUAUUUGUAGUAAUUGAAAUGCUUUAUAACUGUUUAGAUUGGAUAUAUAUUCUACAAAAUAUUCCAUUGGUUAACUACCAUCUCAAAGUAAACUAUUUUGUUUUAACAAUUUCUGUGUUCGAAUUGUAGAUUCUUAAAAAAAAUAAUAAAAACAUUCAGAAGUAUUUUGAAUGCUGCCUGCCAAAUUAAGUCCUUGGUAACACCUUUAUUGCAUUGUAGGAAUGUUUUGUUUAAAAUUUAGCAUGUACAGCUAACACAAUCUUCACCAAAUUAUAAAUUUCACAUUGUGAAUCUUACCUUGGAAUAAAAUAAUCAGAAAUUCAAACAUGUGUUUUAUCAUGGUGAUUUUUUUCACCUAUGACCUAUUAUAAUAUUAUAAUAUUAUUCAUUCCACUUUCACAAAACAUGAUGUAGUUCUCAUAUGUCUGAGCUGCCCAUCCUUUUGUGAGGAACUUCAGAAUUAUUUGACAGCAUUAUUUUUAAGUUAAACAUAUAUAAUAUUAAAAUUUAAGUUUAAUCAAAGGAGCUAAUUUUUAAAUAUUUGUUUAGAGCACUAAAAUCUCAUCAGAGACAACAUUUAGAGUGAAAUGUCUCUCAUCAAGCUGUAAGUCCCACAAAUGAGGCUUUAGAUAUAUGCAUUCUUUCACAUGGUAUUGAUUUCAAGGUCUAUCAAGAUACUUUAAAAUGUGUGGGAAUAUCAAUUAUGUUUAAAUUACAUGGAAAAAAUGUCUAAAUUCAUCAUGAACUAUUUCUCUUUCCGUGCGAUACCAUCAAGCAACAUUCAGACAGAUCACCAUUUAAUGGUAUAAUCUAGGCCUAUGUAAUAAUAGUUUCAAGAUUUUAUAAAAUAUUUUCAAUAACUGGGAAUAGCUUUAAUUUUGAAUUUUUAAUUAUAUAUUUUUAUACAUGUAUUUUGAAGUGCUUUAUAUUUGAAGAGACUUUGUUCACUAUUCUAAUUCAUUUUAAUGAAAUUUAUUUUACUUGUCAUAUCAUAAAUUGUAGUCAUCUCUCAUCUGUUCUUCAUCUUUGCCGUGUGUAAAUUUGUUUUGACUCUUCUUAUUUGCUAAAUGUUUCUUAUUUUAAUUUGCUUCCUUUUAACUGUUUCUUCACUUUAUCAAAAUGAUUAUAAGUACUGUGAAAUUAAAACACACAAUUUGAUAUUGUUUUUAUAUCUCAUCAGAAAGGUGUGGUGCUUCUGUCGCACUGCCAAACAUGAACCUAAAAUAUACAUUAAAUUAACUGGACUGAAUGUAUUCUUAAACCUAAAAGUUUUGAAAGUUUACACUACGGUGUUAAUUACUUAAUAUAUUUUAGUAUAUUUGACAUAUGCUUCAGAUUGUAAACUUUACAUGUUUAGUUUAUCUUUUCAUAUUUAAUUUUAAAAUGACUCAUACACUCAUGUGUACUAUAUUAUAUAUCUAAGUCCAUCUUAGAUAGGAGCUGUGAUUUCAUUUUUUCCUAAUGUAUAUUAUAUAUAUAUAUAUAUAGGUAUAUAUAUAUUUGCAUUUGUGUGACUUUUCAUUUUAUAAUCAUUCUGUCAUCUUACUGUAAUGACAGUGUUGCAUAUAAAACUCAUUCUGCCACUUGUUAAAUCCUUUAUGUUAACACCUUCUCCAUCUACAAAUACUGUUGGAUGCACAACUGUUAUUUUGAAUUAUAUUUAAAUGCCAAACUAUUUGAUCUGAGUAGAUAUGGAUUAGUUAUUUUGUAUCUUUUUGUUCAUCCUGAUAUACUCUAAAAUGCUCAUGCAGCCAUUAUCCAAUGUAGUCUAGAGGAUUUUGUCUUAUUGCUAAAACACUAACAUGCUAUUCCCACAUCUGUAUGCCAUUUGCCAUGAGGGAUGUUGGUUGAAGGGAUGUUUACACCAAACUGACUGUAUUAAUGAUACUUCAAUACCAGUUGCAUCUUUAUCAAAGUUUCAAUUAAGAAUUAUAUAUUUUUAUUAAGAUUUUUCAAUUAAGUUAUGACCUUUUAAAAAAAAUGUUUUUCUUUCAAAUUGUAAAUAAAUUAUGUAUUUCUUUAAAUAUAUAUAUAUAUAUAUAUAUAUAUAUAUAUAUAUAUAUAUAUAUAUAUAUACUAAAUGCCUAGGCGCAUCCAAACUAAUUCUCAAUAAAUGCUAUUAGAACUUUUCACAUUUUUAUCAAGUUAAUUGUUAAAAGAAAUGAGGGGUUGGGGUUACCAAAAAAAAAAAAAUCGUCAUAAUGAUUUAAUGUAUAGCCUACAUUCAAAACUAUACUAUAAAUAACUUUAAUAAAUUUUAAACACAUUUGGAUUAAUGUAAAAUUGUUAGCAUAAUUCUAUUGUCCAUUCUAUAAUUCUCUUAUGAAUUUUUUUUCAGUUCCAACAUCAGAUGAAAUUAACAUGACACCAGAAUCAUCACCUGAGUAAGUUUGUGUUCAUUAUUGUCAGUUGCUAAGAUUUAGAUAAAUUUCAGCUGAGUGAUUAAUAUAGGCUUUUUUAGAGUAGCUAUCAGCUUUAUUGUGGCUUGGUACAAGCUAAUGAAGUUGACUUGGACAUUAAAUAUAUUUGAAGGCUUCUUUCUACAUGCAUAAUUUUAUAUAUCAAUUAUUUUAAAAUAUGUUUAUUGAACCAAAUAAGAAAAGGAUUUGUUUAAACAUUUAUGACACAUGUUUAAGGAAAGCACUGCAGGUUAUUUUCAAUUUAUUUAUUUAAUGCAACUUCAUAAAUUAUGUAAAUGUUCUUAAAUGCUCUGGUUGUUUAUUCCUUAUAGUCACAUGCAACUGCUAAAAGAUGUAAUAUUUACUUUUUUUCUUAUAUGUAUAAUUGAUAAGUGUCUUCUUGUUACAAAUUGCUUGUAUAAAAAGUUUCAUAAAUAGCUACCAGUUAAAAAAAGACUAACAGUGCCUCUACAUGGUUGCAUAAAAAGUUUAUUUUCCUACCAUCCAGACUUGCCAAAAGGUCCUGGUUUGGUGGCCUGAUGGGAAUGGAGCAAGAGCACCACUUUGUCAUGGUCAGGGAGAAGAGUUUCUCACAAGUCAAGGCUGAUCUGGUCCAUGCAUUCCUCUCAGUGAGUUGCUAUCAUUAGGAAUUGGGAAAUAAUUAACAUUGAUGAGCAGGGGUUAGUAGUGUUUGUAAUAGCAAGAUAACUUGAGGAGCACCAACUAUGGCACAUAUGCCUUUGUAAAAAGCUUGUGCUGGACUGAUUGUAUUAAGCUCUUCUUCCAAAAUACCUCUCUUUUUUUUGUUUUGUUCUCAAGACACACACACCCCACCCCCGCUAUUAAAUUAUUUUUAAAAAUGGAUAUCAAGCUAAUGGAGAAUGUAAUCAUUGUUUAACAUUAGAAUCUGUACUUAUCUACAUUGAGAACAGUUGGUAUUCUGUCAGCUAUAGUAUCUGAAUUAAUUUAAUUGGAUAGAAAGAAUACUUGCUGUAUGCACCUGAAACAGUAAGGAAACCAGAUUAUUAGCCUAAAUUAGAUUUUCAAUCACAAAAAGCUCAAAAAAGGAUACAUAUUAAAAAAAAAUUUAAAAUAAGAAUUCAAAAGCCUAGGGAUUACAUAGGCCUACAGUUAAUAAUGCAACAGACCAUGAUAUAAUACUUUUGUUUUAUUUUCCUCAACCAGACAUGUGACCUCAGCCAUUGUGUCGUGUCAACAACUACAUUCAGAGGAGAGUACCGCCGGGGUGGUGGGUCAUCAAUGUUUUCU